GCGAGAGGCGAGAGAGCUCCGUCGCUCCCCGUGGUGUGUGAAAGUCGCACAGCCACAGUUCGCUAAUGGACUCGCGAGUGGUUGUCUGAUUCGCGUUCGUACGACGAACGUGAGGAGAGAAAGAGAGACGGAGCUGUGAAAAGUCGCGCUCGUCCAAGGAUCCGCCUGGCUCCAUCGUCGCACGACCCGAUUCGGAUAACCCCGGCCAUCGCACGACGUGACAUAACCUUCCCUACGCAGAGAGAUGUCUCAUGACCACCACCAUAUGAUUAUGAACAGUACGGAAGAUACAUCUCAUGGUAUGCACAUGGCUCAUCAUGGUAUGGAUCAUGGAAAUAUGAAUCAUGGUAGUAUGGAUCAUGGAAGUAUGGAUCAUGGAAGUAUGGAUCACGGGAGUAUGGAUCAUGGAAGCAUGGACCAUGGGAACAUGCAUCACACUGUUGGAGCCUCGAUGGACAACGCGUGCAGCGACAUGAGCAUGCACGGUAUGUCGAUGACGUUUCAUACUGGCUACUGCGAGUCGGUGCUAUUCGAGAAUUGGAAGAUCUCAUCGAUAGGCGGCCUCGUAGGAUCAAUGAUUGGUAUCGCUAUCAUGGCUGCACUCUAUGAGGGUUUGAAAUAUUAUCGAGAGUAUCUGUUUUGGAAGACAUACAAUGCUCUGCAAUAUAGGAGCGUUACGGUGCCCAGUGAGAAGAAUGUCGUAGCCGAGGACAAUCGGGUUGUUCAUAUGGUUGGCGAAGUAAUCCACAAACAACCGCCGACUAUGAUGUCCUGGAUGCAUUUGUUUCAAACAUUUCUACACAUCAUACAGAUCGUCCUGUCGUAUUUUCUGAUGCUAAUCUUCAUGACUUACAAUGUUUGGCUGUGCUGCGCCGUGGUAUUGGGUGCCGCCGUUGGCUACUUCCUAUUUGGUUGGAAAAAAUCAGUGAUCGUAGACGUUACGGAACAUUGUCAUUAGCAUUUAGUAAAUUGCUCUAAUCUACUUUUUCUAAAUCAUACAUGCGCGAAAGUGCGCGCGUGACUGCAUUCUAAUGGAAAUCCGACAAAUAAGAGGACAGAGAUUAGAAAGGUGACGUUGUCUUCUGCGAUCGAAAAAGAACUUUCUAGAGAACUAAUGUUCUCUAAAUUCAUGACAUACAGUGAAUUUAUAAAUAUAGCGAGAGACGCGGCACAAAGAAUAUAACUAUUUAUUCUAUUCUAGUUUCGUAAUUUAGUUUUAAAUCUUUUACAUAUAAUUUUUUGUUUUUAUCUUAAAAGGCAAGCCAAUUAUCCUUAAGUUACCUUUUAUUAAACAUUCUAAAUAAUUUUAUUAAACUCUACAUAUAGAUGGAAAUUUUUAUUAAAACGAUUAUACUUUGAUUCGCGCUUUAGUGUCAUGAAAUAAUAUAACUUCAUAAGAAACCAUUGCGGGAGCUUGAAUCUUAGACAUAUAUAAAUGUGGUAAUUGUAAAUAUUAUUUAGAUUCGAAUAAGAAAAUACACUGUCCAAUAUGCACACUUUUUCCUAUGUUUACAUUUUUAUGCGUUUUUAUUGUUAUUCUUUUAUAAAAAUAUUCAUUAUGUAUCAUCAACUUUUUAAUAUUUGGGAAAAAGUGUGCUACACUAUUUUAAAUAAUUGUAAAAACAUACCAUUAUAAUAUGUUAACAGAAUAUUGCAUGUUGACAUGUAAAUUGCAUGUAAAAUAUCAUGAAAUAUAGUUUCAAAUGCGAAAAAAAAGAGGAAGGAGUUUUCAAAAAGA